AUGGAGGUAGAAUUCCUUAAGCUGUCAGAUCAUCCAAAUACGGUCAGAUAUUACGAAACCUUCGAAGAUGCAACGGCCAUUCACCUCGUGAUGGAGUUAUGCUCUGGUGGAUCGUUGGGCCAGUACAUUGAGACUGCCCACGACUCCUAUGGCCCAGGCGUCACCGAAGAUGAGCUGGCGCGCAUUGCUGUGCAGAUCUUGCAGGGAAUAGCGUACUGCCAUGCUCAUUCUGUGGCUCACCGAGACAUCAAGCCACAAAAUUUGCUGUUCAGCUGUGGGGAGCCGGCUGCAGGAAGCGCUAUACCCGUGGCUUGUUCUGGCGAGGGGGACGCGCCACUGAAGCUUGUGGACUUUGGUAUAGCUGGAGUGGUGAGGAAUGACCGCCCCGAGAAGAGACUUCUGACCAAAUGUGCUGGCACGGUGGGCUACAUGGCUCCGGAGGUCUUCGGAUCAAGGCCCUAUGACGGAAGGUCGGCUGACAUUUUCUCCAUUGGUGCCGUCAUGCAUCAUCUGAUUGUGGGUUUGCCACCAAGCUGGAAAGCUGCGAACAAUGCUUAUGACUUUCCAGGGAGGCUCCGCUAUCAGAAGUUCUCUGAAGACUGCCGUUCUCUCCUGGAGCAUCUGCUUCAUGAGGAACCAGAAAUGCGGCCAACAGCCGCCGAGGCACUGCGGCAUUCCUGGUUCGACAGCAGAGGCCUCCAUCUGCAAAAUGGCUGCGGUCAUCGGCAAAUGGCUUCACUUCUCGAGAAAUGCUUCAGGAGAAUGCACCAGUUUUCCCAGCGCACACAGCUGCAGAAAACAGUCAUGUACAGCAUGGUGGCCUUCGCACCUCUGCAUAACCAUCACAUGGAACAGCUUCGUGUUGCUUUCUUGUUUGCAGAUCGAGGCAAAUCCGCAGGGAUCAGCUGUUUUGAGUUUGUGGAGCUGGGAAGGAGAUACAGCUCUUUCUCUUCAACGGAAUUGCGCCAGAUAUUCGCAACGGCCAAUGUGUCGAAGACUGGAAAGCUGUCCUACUGCGAAUGGCUGACCGCCUCUGCUGAUGAUGAGUGGUACAGGAUCAAGGAGCAUGCAGAGAGAGCGUUUGACACUUUGGAUGUGAAGAGAAAUGGAUGUCUGCGAGCGUGCGACUUGCGCCAGCUGCUGCCAAAGGUGUUUGACCUCGUGGAGAUCGAGCAGGAGAUCAUUGGCCUGUGCUCCAGAAGUGAAGGCGAUCUCCACUUUGAGCAGUUUGUGGCAUGUGCUGACGAGGACUUCGGGGAUCAGAAAAUUACGCCAAUGUCUCUGAUGCGAGAGACGCUGCGAAAGCCUGUGCUUUACAAACGCCCUGGAGCUGCAUUGGAGCCCACACUCCGCGCAGCUGUGGUUUGA